AUGCAUUAUGCGGCACUGUCUUAUUGCUGGGGAGGGAAUCAAGCACUACUGCUUACGUCGGACACGAUUGAAGAGUUGUCCUUCAAAGGCAUAUCCCAAGAGGAUCUCCCACGAACAAUUGCCGAUGCAAUCACCGUCGCCAUCUCACUUGGGAUUCAAUACUUGUGGGUUGACGCCCUUUGCAUUUUGCAGGACUCUGAAGAGGACAAGGCACGAGAGAUCGCCAAAGUGGCCAUGGUUUACAGCAACGCAACGGUUACCAUGGCUGUCUCGAGGGCAUCAUCCGUCGACGAGGGCUUCCUCUCGGAUCGGUUCCCAGUUGAGCAUACCGCUGUCAUUGAACUCAUUGUCUCCGAGUACCAGCCAGGUAGUACCAAGACUGCGAUGUUGGUUCCCCAGGAACCAGAUGCAACAGACCUGGUGUCGGUGAUGGACCACAACCCGCUGGGGAAGAGAGCAUGGACCUUUCAGGAGAGGUUGUUGUCUCCCCGAGUGCUUGACUAUGGCGAGGUUCAGACAAGAUGGUGGUGUCCAGAAAUGAUGAAGUUGAAAGAUGCACCAGAAAGGACAGUAUGGACGGAUGGAUGGGUAUACCCGGAGGCAGGGGAUACUGGUCAUUCGUCAGGUUAUCGGUAUGUCGCGGGACUCUGGGCCGAGAUGAUGCCUUCGGCGCUUCUUUGGAUAACCAAGAGCUCUGCUACCCAGCGCAGAGCCAGUUGCGGGAAGUACUGGGGUCCAACAUGGUCUUGGGCGUCCGUGGACGGAGCGGUGCAGCUUUUGGAAGAUUCUUCACCCGAUACAUGGUGGACCGAGGUGGCUCGAAAGUUCCAAUGCGACGUGGUAGGCUGGGAAGUAGAGCCCCUUCACAAACCGUCAGGUGGUGACGAGUUUGGUGCCUUGAAGUCGGCCGUGUUGAUACUGAGCGGCCACCCCAGACCAGCUUAUUGGCGACGUUCGAAACAGUGUAGCGGUGAAAAUAUGCACGCACACCUUGAUCCCUGCUUUUGCAUCACCGGCAGGACCGGAGCCGAGGAGAGUCUCUUGAGCAGAGUCAGAUUUGAUACGUGGAUAUCUGGAUUCGGAGGUGUCGAACACACAAGUAUGGCCGAGCAACAACAGUCAGCCAGGGAUUUGGACCUCUUCUUCUUGGUCAUUGCCAGCAUGUGCGAGAAGAACAAGCUUGGAUACACUUUACCGUCGUCUGUUCCUGGUGAGAAGAGGUGGCAGGAGGGCCUAGUCCUCCGGAAACUAGUAUCCGGCGAAUAUUGCAGGAUUGGGACAUUCCAGUCCGAGGCCGAGGCAAUCUUCUUUGGGCCGGGGCCUGGGACGGAUUCGAUACACCGAGUUCAACAACAGUGGAUGGUUGAGGGACCCCGACAGAUUAUUAGGUUGGUGUAGGGAGUGAGGGCUUCGGGGAGAGUUGUUGCGCGGGGUGAUGGAGAGAAGGAAUGCGGUCGGUGUUUGUGUGGCCGGGGAGAAGAGUCCAUGCCCCAGGCAUUUGUGAGGCAAGGGCAAACGCAGCAUCGCAGAAGAAAGGCGGUGAAUGCCAGUGUCAUCGUCUAAUCGAACGUCCCUUCCUUCUGUUAUCUGAGAAAAUUUUGUAGUCCUCAACAGUGACUGUGC